AUGGAGCUUCUUCUUCAAGUACUCCCUGCCACCAUGGAUCACUCCUCCAGCUACCCGACGGUCCUCAUCGUCCUCGCAUCCUUGCUCGCCCUCUUCGUCUUCUCGAGGUACCGGAAAAGUAGACUCGUCCUCCCUCCGUCGCCGCCGGUGAAGCUGCCCCUGAUCGGCCACAUGCACCACCUCGCCAGCAACCCCUUGCCACACCGCGCCCUCAGGGACCUGGCCCAGAAACACGGGCCCGCAAUCAUGCACCUCCAGCUGGGCCAGGUCCAGACAAUCGUUGUCUCCUCGGCCCAAAUCGCCGAGGCCAUCCUGAAGACCCAUGACGUCAACUUUGCCCAGCGGCCUCCCGUGCACUCGGCCAACAUCCUCGCAUACGGCUGCACCGACAUCGUUUUCGCGCCGUAUGGUGACUACUGGCGCCAGCUGCGCAGGAUAUGCACCAUCGAGCUCUUCAGCGCCAAGAUGAUCAAGUCAUUCGGUUCCAUCCGAGAGGACGAAGUUUCGAAGCUGGUCGCCGCCGUAUCGGCGGCGUCCUCGUCGGCGGCGGGGGUUGACUUGACCGCCAUGUUUUGCAAGUUGACUUACAGCAUCCUUUCCAGGGCCGCGUUUGGGGAGGUGCGAGAAAGCAGUAGUAGUAGUGAGGCUUUCUUGCCGCUGAUUGAUGAGAUUACCCGAGUGGCCUCGGGUUUUAACAUAGCGGAUCUCUAUCCUUCGUUCAAGUUUCUGCAAGUCCUCACUGGGGUGGCUUCAAAGGCGGAUAAGGUGCUUGAAUCCAUCAUAGCCGAUCAUCGAGCUCGCAUUGGUCAUAUGAGGAGGCCGGGUGAAGAAGCAGAAGAAGAGACGGCGGCGGAUCUUUUGGAUGUGCUUUUGAAGCAUCAUGAGGGCGAAGGCAAUAUGGGAUUCUCAUUAACUACUGACAAUAUCAAGGCGGUCCUAGUGGACCUAUUCUUUGCCGGCACCGAGACAACGGCAACGAGUUUAGACUGGAUCAUGUCGGAACUAGUGAAAAACCCACGAGUGAUGCAAAAAACACAAUCCGAGGUGAGGCGGGUGUUUGGACCCCAAGGCAAGGUGGAUGAAGCAAGGCUUCAUGAGCUCACAUACCUAAAGAUGGUGAUACGAGAAAGCAUGAGGCUCCACCCUCCGGUCGCCGUGCUGCUUCCGAGGACCGGUGCCGAAGACUGCGAGAUCGGCGGCUAUCACAUACCGGCCGGUUCCAGCAUCAUGGUCAACGCAUGGGCAAUCGGAAGGAACCCAGAGUACUGGACCGAUGCAGAGACGUUCUGGCCGGAGAGGUUCCUCGAGAGCUCGGUCGAUUAUAAGGGGGCGCACUUCCAGUUGCUUCCCUUCGGAGCUGGAAGGAGGAUCUGCCCUGGAAUGUCGUUUGCUCUGGCUAAUCUCGAGCUUCCGCUGGCGCGAUUGCUAUAUUAUUUCGAUUGGAAGCUUCCGGAUGGACAGGAAAAUGAGUGCGUCGACAUGACCGAGACAUUUGGCGCGACCGUGAAGAGAAAAAACAAACUAUUCUUGAUUCCUACCGUUGCUUCGUCGCCCGACGGAAACUAA